GGGGAGGCUCACGUGCAGCUUCCGAUCCCAGCGGGCGGCGGCGGCUCCGAGAACCCCUCGGCCCACGAACCGGACCCAGGCCGUACGGAUCGGAGGAGCCUUCGGGGGUGCGCCUCGGUCGAGGUUGGGGCUUUAGCCAUAAUAAAUGAUAGAGGAUACAAUGACUUUGCUGUCUCUGCUGGGUCGCAUCAUGCGUUACUUCUUGCUGAGACCGGAGACUCUCUUCCUGCUCUGCAUCAGCCUGGCCCUGUGGAGUUACUUCUUCCACACGGACGAGGUGAAGACCAUCGUCAAGUCCAGCAGGGACGCCGUGAAGAUGGUGAAGGGCAAGGUGGCCGAGAUCAUGCAGAAUGACCGGCUUGGGGGGCUCGACGUGCUCGAGGCCGAGUUCUCCAAGACCUGGGAGUUCAAGAGCCACAACGUGGCCGUGUACUCCAUCCAGGGCCGGAGGGACCACAUGGAGGAUCGCUUCGAAGUGCUUACCGACCUGGUGAACAAGACCCACCCGUCCAUCUUCGGCAUCUUCGACGGACACGGCGGCGAGUCAGCUGCUGAAUAUGUGAAAUCCCGCCUGCCUGAGGUCCUGAAACAACAUCUCCAGGACUAUGAAAAGGACAAAGAGAACAGCGUGCUAUCCUACCAGGCCAUCCUGGAGCAGCAGAUUCUGUCCAUCGACCGAGAGAUGCUGGAAAAACUGACCGUCUCCUACGAUGAAGCAGGUACGACGUGUUUGAUUGCCCUCUUGUCAGACAAAGAUCUCACUGUGGCCAACGUUGGCGACUCCAGGGGGGUCCUCUGUGACAAGGAUGGGAAUGCCAUCCCCCUAUCUCACGAUCACAAGCCGUACCAACUGAAGGAAAGGAAGAGGAUUAAAAGAGCUGGUGGCUUCAUCAGCUUCAAUGGCUCCUGGAGGGUCCAGGGCAUCCUGGCCAUGUCUCGAUCCCUGGGUGAUUACCCGCUGAAAAACCUGAACGUUGUCAUCCCGGACCCAGACAUCCUGACCUUUGACCUGGACAAGCUGCAGCCAGAGUUCAUGAUCUUGGCAUCGGACGGCCUGUGGGACGCCUUCAGCAACGAAGAAGCGGUGCGGUUCAUCAAGGAGCGCUUGGACGAGCCCCACUUUGGGGCAAAGAGCAUCGUGUUGCAGUCCUUUUAUCGAGGCUGCCCCGACAAUAUCACUGUCAUGGUGGUGAAGUUCAGAAACAGCAGCAAAACGGAGGACCAGUGAACUUGUGCCCUGCAGGUCUGCACCUCUCUAGACUGAAGGACUUUCAAUAAAUUGCUUUACUUUGAUGUGGUAGAAAAGUAGCGAAAACUCCUUAAAAUUGUGCCCAGAAUACCAAGGACAGCCCCUUCCCCAACGGUCUUCGAUCUGUAUCCAGCACUGUAAGGAUGGAGGGCACCAGCCAACAGGACCCAGGAGGCUGGACCGACGGCUUCUCACAUAUUCCUUCCCACCUUCCUUCGCCAGGUUUCUAAUAUAUAUCUAUAUAGGCAUCUACAUAUAUCUGUGAAGAUGUGUAGCAUAUACAGGCAUAUGCUGCCCAUUUUCAAUUUGAAGGUUUAUUUUUAAUCCCCUUUAAAAGUUCUUCAGGUUUCAGACUCCUCAAGUUUGCUUUGGAGCAUGUAGCUUGGACAGGUAGAAAAACCCACCUAGUCAAACACUCCGGAGGGGAACCGAUCUGGCUGAAAGACAUGGCUGCCUCGGAAAGCCCUCCAGCCUCCAGGGCUGUUCUGCUCCCCCGCAGCCGAGAGAGUGAUUUGAAGUAAUGUGAGGGUCAGCUGCCUCUUUUUGGUUUUGUUUUCUGGGGACUUUGGGGGAAGGAGGAAGAAGCCUCUGUGGGGGUGGGAUGGGGAAGGUCACCAAGUCCACUGGCAGCCUCUGACUCAUGAAGCCCUUUGAUUGACAUCUUUCACUAAACCCUGCCUGUUAUCUGGCUGCCUCUAUGCCUUUGUCUAAAUCUAGCCGGGCUUCCUAGUUCCAACAUGUCUUUACUCUCAGCAACUGAAAACCACCCAGCUGCCCCACACCAGCCACAUCGAUGUGUUGACUUAGCUCACCCAGAAACCAGAUUGUCCUGGGCCGCCAAGGCCAUCAUCAUCAGACGCCCUGGACCGCCCUCAUCUUGCAUUCUCAUGAAAGUUCGCUUGCCAAUGGGAGAAGAAUGAGUGGGGCCUCUGCAGAAGCCCUGUGUUUGUGUUAGACCUGAGAUAAAAGAGGCCUUGGCUGGCAAGAUCCCCAGCUCCAAGUUAGUUCCAGCUCCUCUUAAGAGACAGUUUUGGCUUUUUUUUGAUCUCAGUGACUUUAGAGGAUUGAUGCGAAAUGUUGGUCAGGUUAUCCUGGGCUGAUGUUUUUGAUAUUGGAGUAGGUCCCAGUCACCUUGGCCCAGAGCAAAUUGUACCCAAGCCAAAAUCUGAUUAGUUCUCUUUAAUUUGGGUUGAGAGUGACCGCCCCUUUCCCCCUCCUCCUCUGCCCUCAGAGUCACACAGAACAUGUGGCUGCUGGCUGGGCUUGGGUCAUUGUGGUCACUUCCCUCUGCAGUGGCCUGGAAAUCUCUCUACCUGACCUCACCUUGCAUUCCGCCAAAGCUGCCCCAUCCCCAGGCCAACUGUGGGCGUAGCUCAGGUUGCAGACGGAGGCAGGUCCAUUUCACGUGACCGAGCAGAGACAGAGAGUGGGGCGAGUGCGGGGUCAUGUUCCCCAAGGCCCACGGUAUCGGGUCUCAGCAGGGGAGGUUUGCGGGGCAUCAGUGGCUGGGUCGCCUCGGUUCACCAGACGUUUGGAUCCGCCAGCGGAGUGUCGGGUGGCAGCUUUCAUCUCUUUGUGCCGGGCACCCAAGAGCUUUGUUCUUUGGAGAGGGCCACCCUUCUUCCUGUUCCUCAGUGUCCCCUGGUGCUCACAUCAUCCCCCUGAGUUUCCAUGGCGAUAAUUCUGCACAGCUGCCAGAAGAGAAAUAGGGCAGCUGGCAAUGAAUGAUAGCCUCACAAGGUGGAAUGAAGUCCUAAAGAGGCAAAUUUAGGCAUGGUUAGAGGGGAAACCCUUCUUCACAGUGAGAACUGUUCAUAAGUAGAAUGGGGUGGCUGGGGAGGUCACGGUCUCAGAGGCACUCAGAUUUGGAGAUCUGUCUUUCUUGUUAUACAGAGAAGGAAACUGAGGCUAAGUAGUUUGCCCACUGACACACAAGUAGCUGGUGUUGGGCAGGAUUUGAACUUUGGGGUGUUGUCUCCAAAUCCAGCAGGUUCCCCAUUUCUGGAGCUCUUCUAGACAACACGCUAUCAAAGAUGUUAGAAGAGAGAGCCCAUAGCAUGAAGUGAAGUCUGAGCUGGAUGUUGGGAGGGAAAGAAGGAUUUGGACAGGCAGAGAUGAGGGAGUGUGGGAGGCUCUUGUAGACGUCUUAUGCAUCUCCUGGCUCCCUGUUGCUCCCCCAGGAGGCCCCCUUCCUGUGCUCCCAGGGGUGUGGCUGCUGGGGGGAGGGGCAUGGGAAUCAGGUCCUUAAGCUCCCAGGUGGGCCCUCGCAUCAACCAUUGCCAAAGCAUUUGAGAUAGGAUGGGAGAGUGAGAGGCAGAAAGCACAGCCUUUUCAAAGAGCCUUCUGGCUUUUCUAGAGGUGGACUUCUGUCCAUAGUCCACAUUUGUGCCAAAUUCAGGCAUGGUUCCUGGUGUGUCCUGGGAGGCUGAGAAUGGCCACACUCCCUAGACUUUAGAAGGACCAGGUAAGAAACCUGCCUUCCUCCUGCACCUCUGUGUAACUGACACUCCUAAAAGGUGGGGUCUGGGUUCUGAUGCUGCUCAGUACUGGUCCUAUGUCCCAAUCCAUCUGUCAGAGGGAGAGCCUCUCUGGGCGAUGCCUUAGAAGCAGAAUUAACCUUUUGUGUGAGUGAUCUAAUUGGGGUCAUGGAUUAAAGCUGGAUGGGAAGCCAUCUGUCCUAGACCCCUCCUCUUACCAUUGAGGAGACGAAGAUUGAAAGGGGCUGGGGACUGGCCCAACGUCACUCAGCUAGUAAAUUUCAGAGACAGAUUUGAACCUAGGUCUUCUAGCACUUUCUACCAUGGCCUGCAGCCUCUCCAACAGACAGUGGAUGGGUACCAAAGAUACACUCUGUGGUGAUCCAAGACCCUCUGCCAGUCAUGGCUAUGAGGGGGAGUUCUUGUCAGGGAGAGGAUCACCCAAAGCAUUCUAUUGAAGAACUAUUUAUUGAAGGUAUAACUAUAGCCACAGAGAGGCCGGCCCGUUGAAAACAGAUCUCACUUAAUUCAUUGAAACUGUAAAUGGCACCAUUCUUGUAUAUGUGUAUCUCCUCCAUUCAGCCUCUAUGGGCACAGUGGUAAAUCCAGUCCUUUUCUAGAAAUAAGCAUGAGGACACCCCCAUGACUCCAUUAGGGGGAGUUAAGGGAGUGCAGGCAGUUCUGGGGCUUUUGCCAUGGAUGAACAAUACCCACAGGUAAUGGUGAGUUUUUUCUCUCCUGCUCACUGCACCCCCCCUUCAAUAUUUGUCCAAAGGGAAAAAAAGUCCCUCCCAUAGCUAUCAUAUUGGAGAAUUUAGCAGUUCUUUGGAUUAGGAUUAUGGAUUAGGUCAUCCAUAAAGUAGAACAGAUUGAGGGCCAAAAGGGGUCUUAAUGUCCCUCUUGUCCAACCCCCUCACCUCGCAGAUAGAGAUACUGAGGCCCAGAAAGAUGACAGAACCUGCCCAUGGUCACACAUUUACUAAUUAAGUGCCUCCUGUGCUAGGCCCAGGCGAUGCAGAGGGAAAACGGAAGCAGUACGUGCCUUCAAGGAGCUGACAGCCUAUCAGGAGAAACUCAUUUCAGUAUACACAGAAUAAAUACAGUAAGGAUGCAAACCUAGGACUCAAAGCCAGGCCAUUUGCCUCCUCGGUCCAGGCCUCUUUCCAUUCUGCCCUCUUGGCUAACAGAGCAUGCUUUGUUCUCUGUCACACCCAUAUGCACCAUUAAAGGCUGGUGCUUCAGGAAGGUUCCAGAAAUAGUUUUCCUUUUUGACUCAUCCUAAACUGAACUUCCUCUAAGUUCCCCAGGCCUUGGCUCAUCACACUAGACAAAGCUAUUCCGUUCCCAAGACUGGUGCAAGCUGUGUCCUCUCAUUAGGCUGCUCAGCUUCCAACCCCAGACUGCAGACCCGAUGUCCUGAUCGGCUACCUCUUCAGGCUCAGUACAAAUGACUGUCUUACCAGCCGUGAAUGGUAGUUAGAACAUUAGAAUUCAAAACAAAACAAAACAUAAUACUGACUUUUUUUUGUUUUUCCAUCACCCACAUUUCCUUUCCCCUCCCCCAAGAGAGCCAUCCUUUAUAACAAAGAAUAAAAGAAGAGGAAGGAAAAACAGUGGUGCAAACACAACCCGACCAUCCAGAAAAGCCUAACAUGAUAUGUAGCAUCCGCAGCUUCCUGCUUGUAUCAAUUCUUGAGGGCCAAACUUGGCCAUUUCAUUUUUCGGCAUUCAGUUUUGAUUCUAACAAUGGGAUUCCCACUGAGCAACUGAUCAUUUCAGCCCUGGUCCACAGGGUUCUAUUUCCUAACAAAAGCAGUAUAAGGAAUCAAGUUUCUUAACGUGACUGCUAAUAUUGAAUAGAUUGAGAAUUAAUGAAAUGAGCAAAACCAUCACGAAAGAGCUUAGCUUUCAGCUAAGAGCACCUUCCCAUCCCUGUCACUGAUUUU